AUGCUACGCAACGUGUGGCUACGCCAUGGUGCCUUUGCUCGGCGUCUGCUAUCGACAGCACCGACCGUGUCAGCGGUUGAAGCGAUGGAGCGUUUCCAGGACGUCCCGAAGUUCACGCAAUACCCACAUUCUUUCCCUGUGAGCAUGUCACUGCUGGAAUAUCAACAGAAGUUUGAGGCUCUGGAACCGAAAGCUCGAUGCACAGAGGAGGCUGUGGCAUUGGCAGGACGCGUGGUUGCCAUUCGUCAUGCCAGCAAGAAUCUCGUUUUCGUAGAUCUCCAGAGCGAUGGCCACACGGUGCAAGUUCUGUCAGAGGUGAAACACUUUGAAGGGUGCAGUGACGAAGCUGCUGAAGAUACGGAAGCGGCAAAGAAAGAGUUUAAAGCGUUGCAUGAAAGUUUGCGUCGCGGUGAUAUCAUUGGCGUGAAGGGCUUUCCGGGUAAGUCUGGGAAAGGAGAGCUGAGUAUCAUCCCGCGGAAAUUGGAAGUGCUGGCACCUUGCAUCCAGCCCUUUCCGAACAGCAAAUACGGAAUUAAGGAGCCGGAAAUCCGCUUCCGCAAGAAAUAUUUGGAUCUAUUGACGAAUCCAAGUGUGCGCCCGAUUUUCGAGACGCGCGCGAAAGUGGUGCGAGGAAUUCGAAAAUAUCUGGAAGACCGCAACUUCAUAGAGGUUGAGACGCCGAUGUUGUUCUCGGCGGCGGGCGGUGCGGCUGCUCAGCCGUUCGUGACCAACUCACGUGCACUCGGUAAAGACUUGUACCUACGCAUUGCACCGGAGCUGUUCCUGAAGCAACUUGUGAUUGGUGGCUUCGACCGCGUAUUCGAGAUCGGCAAAGUCUUUCGCAAUGAAGGCAUCGACGCCACACACAACCCAGAGUUUACUAUAUGCGAGUUCUACCAGGCAUACGCAGACUAUAACACACUCAUGGACACCGCAGAAGAAAUGAUCUCAGGUAUCGCCAAGAACGUGACUGGAGCAUACAAGAUCCAAUACCCUAUGGACGAGACCACCGAAGGCGCUGAGGACGAGUCUGCUAUGGUGGAGAUCGACUUUACACCGCCGUUCAAGCGCCUCCCGAUCCUCGAGACCUUAGAGGAAUGCCUCGGUGAGAAGCUCCCGGACGUCAAUUCUCCAGACUCGAUCCCAGCGCUGCUGGACUUGUGCGAGCGCCACAACGUGGAAUGUGCAAAGCCGCACACGUGCACACGUCUAGUAGACAAACUCAUCGGGCACUUUGUCGAGCCCAAGUGUGUGAACCCGACAUUCCUGUAUAACCACCCGAAGUGUAUGAGUCCGCUGGCCAAGGCACAUCGCGAGCAAGAAGGCGUGACCGAACGCUUUGAGCUGUUUGUAGCGGGUAAGGAGCUGUGUAAUGCGUACACGGAGCUGAACGACCCGUUCGACCAGCGUCAGCGGUUCGCUGCACAGCAGGCAGAUCAACAGCGCGGCGACAGCGAGGCACACAGCAAGGACGACGAGUUCUGCACGGCCCUCGAGUAUGGACUGCCACCCACAGGCGGCUUUGGCAUUGGCGUGGAUCGCCUGGUCAUGCUGCUCUCGGGCAAGCCACAUAUAAGGGAAGUGAUCAUGUUCCCUGCCAUGAAGCCCAAGGACGACGUGCAGGAGCAGCCGUGA